AACCCUCCCUGAGUCGUGCAGCUGAUUUGAGCCACGAAAACCAGAAAAAGCGCACGACAUUGAUAAUUUGACAGUUUGGGCUGUUUCUAAAUCCUUUUCUUCCUUCAUCCUGUCUGUCGCUAUGCUCACAUCUCAACGCCUGAUCCUCCUAUCGUCCCUUGUACAAUCAUCACCAUACAACUUCUGAUCGACGGAAAACGAAUCCUUUAAAACCCCCUCUCCAAACCCACCACCAUCAUGUACAUCCUACCCCUCCUUGGUUAUGUCGGCCUCCUACUGGGAUUCUCCUUCCUCACCCUUUCCAUCGCAUCGGGCCUCUACUACCUGUCGGAACUCGUGGAAGAACACUCGGUAUUUAGUGCCAAAUUACUGAAACGACUCGUCUACGCAGUCGUCACCGUACAAAUCCUACUCUGUCUGGUGGACAAGUUCCCAUGGCAUCUCACCCUGCUAGGAGUGGCUAGUCACGCCAUCUACGCGACCAACCUUCGUCAUUUCCCUAUCGUCAAACUCUCCGAUCCAUUCUUCCUUUCCAGCUGUGGCCUGGUGGUGUUCAACCAUUGGAUGUGGUUCCGACACUUCAGUCAACCCGUCACCUAUCGUGGUGCACCGCCGAGUUCUCGCAGAGAUUGGUAUUCAGCACCAGUGUACGACCAGCCCACCUUCACGGAGAUUGCCUCCUACUUUGGCAUCUGUGUCUGGUUGGUUCCGUUUGCGUUGUUUGUCAGCCUGAGUGCAGGAGAGAAUGUCCUGCCCAGCAUGGGUUCUGAGUACGCGACUGGAGCCCGAGAUGGCGUGGGAUUCAAGAAGGGCCACAAGAGAAAGAACACGGGCAUGGCGAAAGCGGCGGUCAACAAUGCAAAAGACUGGAUCACGGAGAAUGGUGCCGUCAUGGGCUUGUGGCAGUCAGAUAAUGUGAGACAGACCAGGGCCUUUGAUUGAGAGGACACACUCGGGGAUGAGUUGUAUGAUUUCUACCUCGGAUUUGCAUGAUACAUGGGGGCCAGAUAAGAUACUUGGCUCUGGAUGACAGAACGACUUUUCGACGAUUUUCCCAAUAACAUCAAUACCCGCACCACAACCGCGGCCAUGGCAUGACGUUUCUGCGGCUAUAUUGUUGUCGAUCUAACAAGUGAGUCGAGCAACAAUUCUUCCAGAGCCACAUGACUUGGUGAAUGUCUAUUGCUCAAAGAGGUGCCAUCGAGAUUACAGCACGGAAUCUGGGCCAGAUGCACUGACAUCUGCCUCUCGAAACGUCGAAUCGUAGUUAAAGCUUCUGCUCACGCCGACCUCACGAGGAAGUGGAAGAGAUGAGAUCUUGAGAGUCUAGGUCACGAAGCCAUGUUUGAUGAAUCAAAUUGCGGCCCUCCUUUAGAGGAUAUGAAACAGAUCUGGGAAUAGCUACCAAGACAAAUGUUAAGUAGCAACAGCUGCAGACAAAUGUAUCCUACUGGCCUG